UUUAUAUCUUAAUUUGAUUCCUAAUUUCUCUCUUAGUUUAUCAUGUAUAGUUUAGCAAAAAAAAUGUUUGUAUUUGUUUUGGGUCCAAGACUGUAUCGGAUAUUUCGUUUUGACUCUAAUAUCCAAAGGAAAGUUAUUGAAAAAGAAUACCUGUUAAAUACAUCAGAAUGGAUAGGGGAAUCAUUUAUCAAUACUGUUUCAUAUGCAUUAGCUGCCACUUAUUACUGUUCACCAAUAGUUGUGUAUUAUCUUUAUCAAAAUGGAAUCUUCAAUUCUCCUGAUCAAGUAGCUUAUUAUUUAAAAGUGUUUUCUGUAAUUCUUAUCACUCUUGGUGCAGCUUUUUUGUUAAGAGGGAAUGGAAGGUUAAUGAAUCCUGAUUAUAAAAAAUUCAUUGGUGUUUUAGAAAAGGCAAAGUUCAAUAAGAAUGACAGGGAUUCUUUACAGAUGUAUGACUUUGAUUUUGCUAGUUGGCCUAUAGAUUUUUCUUAUAAUGAAUCAUCUAUUAAACCUGCUAAUAUUUUGGUAGAAGCUGAAAAGAAAAAAGAAAAUGGAUUUCUUUCAAAAUUGUUAAAUAUUCCAAUGAAUUUUUUGGAAUAUAUUUUGGCCCAUGGUUUAGCUAGACCGAUGGGAUAUCCUGGAUCAGUAAAGUUAUUGCAAACAGCUAUGGCACCUGCUAUACAUCAAGGUCGAACAAUCCUGAUUGAAAAAAAUGGUAUUCGAUCAAAAUUGUUAGCUAAAGAUGGUAAUGAAAUUGAUACAAUGUUUCUUGACAAACGAAAAAAUAAUGACAAUGGCAACACUUUGGUUAUCUGUUGUGAAGGUAAUGCAGCUUUCUAUGAAGUGGGAUGUAUGGGAACUCCACUAAAAGGAGGUUAUUCGGUAUUAGGAUGGAAUCAUCCAGGUUUUAUGGGAAGUUCAGGCACUCCAAGUCCAUCUUCAGAAGGAAAUGCAAUUGAUGUUGUUGUUCGAUAUGCUGUUUCAAAGUUAGGUUUUAAAUGUGAAGAUAUUGUUUUGUUUGCAUGGUCUAUAGGAGGUUAUGCAGCCUCUUAUGCAGCCAUGGUAUAUCCAAAUAUCAAAGGUGUGAUACUUGAUGCAACAUUUGAUGACAUCACCUCUUUAGCCAUAGCAAGAAUGCCAGCAUUUGCAUCUAGCAUUGUUUUACGGGUAAUUAACAACUAUAUGAAUCUUAACAAUACCAGACAUCUGAUUAAGUAUUCUGGUCCAAUUCGACUCAUUAGAAGAUUGCGUGAAGAGAUUAUAACAACAAUUCCUCAUGAUCCAUCUACUAAUAGAUGCAAUUUUUUGUUAGAGAAGAUUUUAUCUUUUAGGUAUCCAAAUGUAGUUACAAAAGAAAGUAUAGAAGUGCUUCACUCUUACCUAUCAGUGGAUAAUGUUGCUUCUCAAGCUGCUGUUUUAAAAAGUCUUGGUUAUGAUAAUAAAAAUGAUUUUGAAGAUCGUUUUGCAAUUAAAGAAGAUCGACCUAGUUUUCCUCUUGAUAUAGGACGCACGUGGUCACAAAAAGAAAAAUCUAAUGCAACUAUUUUUUUGGCUAUGAAGUAUCUGGAUCAUUUUGAUGCUUCUCAUUGUGUUCCUCUUCCUUCACAAUAUUUUUUACUGCCAUGGCAACAUAAGCUUAUUUGA